CCUACUCUUGAUCUCUUACCACUGUUCGAUUCAUUCUUUCUCUUAUCUCUUCUCUGAUGUCAUUCUCACAUUCAGUGCGAAUUAUUAUUUUUUUUUCUUCGGCAAUUGUCAUAACUGCAUUUCUUCCAGUUAAUUAAGACACUCACAAGUAAAAACAACAACAACAACAAAAAAAGACGAGUAAAAGAAACAAAAAAAAGGAUACGAUACAUACGCACGGGUACUGCCAACGGUGCAGUACCUUAACUUUUUCUCAUCCUAGAGAGACGAAAGCAUGUGUGAUACUGAUGCCGAGAACAAUAAUGUAGUUGAAAAUCCAGACCCAGAAGCUGAUUCUGCUGAUGUUCUUGUAGAAGAUGAACUUGCAAUUGGAGAUGAUGUUGAAGCAGAUAUCAGAGGUGUACCUGCUGUAGAUGCUGACUUCUGGCCUCAGGAUUUUGAGGAUGUUGAAGCUCUCAUCUACCAGCAGGUUGAAAAUGCCCCAGAUUCAGCAUUGAAUCAACAGAAUAAUGUGCAAGAAGGUGAUAUUGAAGUAAAUCAAGAAAGAUCCGAUUCAUUUGCAGAAGCUGGUAACCUCUAUGAGGAUAACAACAUCCACAUUCAACCAUUCCUUCCUGUUUCUCCUGAGUCAGUAGCUGACACUGCGCCCGAAGAUGAAAUAUUAGAGAAUACGAUUAGAGAUAGUGAAGAGAGAAGUGAAGAUUUCGAACCUGAAUGUGAUCAGGCUAUAGUUAUAAGUGAUGAAGACAACUGUGAUAAUAACAACUGUGACAAUGUUGCACAGGUGCGUGAGUCAGUAGAAAUCGAAAGCCGUUCUGCAGAUAAUCUCCUACAUCCAGCAUUAGUUAACCCAAAUGAAAUAGCCACUAAAAUGGAUGAAGCUAACUCUGUGCCAAAUGAAACAAAUAACCAGCCCCUGGCUGCAGAUUACUGUGUUGGUGUUGAGGAUGAUAAAAACGAUGCAGCUAGUACAAAUGAACAUUCUUCCAGUUUACAACAGUUAGCUGUCACUUCUACAAACAAUAACACUCAGUCAGUUACACAAAGCACUACUUCUGGUGAUCUUCAGUUAGAAUCAGGCUGCCUUUCUCCUGAACUCAACAAAAGUGCUAAUAAAUCUGAUGAAACUGGUGAUAGCAGUUCUAUUUCAGUAACUGCAGAAAAUAAAACUGAAUCUAGAGAAUUGAUUCCAUCUAAGGAAACCAUUGAUACACAGCAACAUGACACAGAAUUAGUCAAUAGUAGCACAAAUGAGGUGGCUUCUAGUAAUCUAGAAGAUUCUCAGCCGGUUUCAUCUGGAAUGGAACAACAAAAACACGAACCAGUUGCCUCUGCAAACCAUUUAUUGAAUAACAUCGAUGUUGGUUAUGAUGCAGUCUCUUGGACUGAGAAUAACAACUCAGAACUAAUGGACAAUAAACUUGACAGUAAUAACACAACUCCUAUUCACAUAUCAGAUACUAACACUGCAAAUACAUGUGCAGAAAAAACAAACACUUUGAAUAUUAGUCCUUCUGUUGCACCUGUUCACUCACCUGAUUUAAGAUCCAAUCAAGAUCCAAAUCCACAAAGCUGUCAUGUUGCUAACAUUGAAUGCGAACAAACUGAAACAGUGAAAAGAGCUCCUGAUUCAAUGACAUCAUCAUCAUCACCAGUCCCUGAUCAGACUCACUCAAAUGUGUCCACUGAAGAUCAUGAUGGAAAAGAUGAUCAAUUACUAAAUGAAUUAGAAGAAGAGCUGUUAACAACACACCAGCCAUUACCUCAGAGUAGUGGCCUGUCCUUCAACGGCUUGACAAAGAUAGACAUAAAUCAAAUUCCAGAAUUCUUGGAUCUCAAACAAAACUUCCAAUCUCUAAAGAAGGAAUUAGCAGCAAGUAAACAACAGAUUAAAUUAUUAGAGUCUCAAUCUAAUUCUCAACAAGAAAAGUUUGAAGUGAUUAAACUGGAAAGGAAUUCAUAUCGAAAGGAGCUCGAUACCUGCUCUGAUAAUGAUUUGUAUUUAACUCAGUUGAAAGCGUUGGAAGAUAACCUUGUCCAGAAAGAUAAUGAAAUCCGAGCCGCAAAAGAAAAGCUAUCUUCUCAGGAGAUGUUGACUAAGAAAACCAUUAGUGAUUUUCAAAAUGAAUAUAAAAAUAAAAUACACCAGCUAACCAAGAUAGCUGAAGAGAACAAACGAGAGAAAGAAGAGAUGGUAAUAAAAUAUGCCCAAGCUGAACGUAAAGGUUUAGAGAUGCAGAAAGGAUCUGAACGAUUAGAUGCUCGAUUGAGAGAAAGUUCAAAAGAAAAAGAAAUACUGCAAAGUAGAUUAAAUAAUUUUAAGGCUGAACGACAAAAGUAUAUUGGUCGUCUGGAAAGCAAGUCUGCAGACUUCAUUGUUGUACAGCGUGAAGUUGAAAAGCAAAAAGAAGCCUUAUCAGCUUGUGAGGGUCGUUUAAAGUGGACACAGAAUAAACUUGGUGUUGAAACAGAUGCUCACAAAGAGACCAAAGCUUCUUUGCAAAUUCUAAAUACUAAAUUAAAAGAAUCAAAAGAAGAAUGUGAGCAAAUUCGUCGAGAUUGCCAAGCCAUUAUCCGGACAUACCAGGAAUCUGAAGAGAUCAAGUCAAAUUCUUUGGAUAAUCAGUUAAAAGCUAAACAAGUUGAACUAAAAUGCCAUGAGCAAGAAAGAAGUGAUCAUCAACAAAUUCAUCAAACAGUACUGAAAGAAUUAGAACUAUUGAAAACUCAACACAAGGAUUUAAUGGAAGAAAUGAAAACCAAGAAAGACAAAAUUAUAUGCUUGGAAGAUGAAUGCAGAGACAAAGAAGACACGCUAUCAAAGUUUAAAGAUGUUCUUCAAAACCAGAAAGCAAGAAUAAAAGAAUUGAAGACAAAGCUUCUAGAAUUACAAGAUAUUAAAAGCAGUUAUGACCAGAAUCAAGAGGAAUUAUCUGCAAUGCAGGAUAAACUUUCAGAACAGAGUCAGCAAUGCACUGACAUAAAAACAGAUAUUGAAUCAUGUAAGGUGCGGGAAUCUGAGCUACUGGAAUUGACUGCUAAUUUGAGUGCAAAGAAUGCUCACCUGCAGUCUGAAAAUAUAACUGUGAAUAAUAAAGUGCUUUCGUUAGAGGAAGAGUUAAAUGUUAUCAAGGUUAAACUUGAAGAAUCAGAAACAAAGUGCCAAGAAUUGCAUAAAAGUUUGGAGGAAGAAACACAAAAACGGCAGGAAGAAACAACUACUCUUACAACACAACUAGCAGAUAAAAGUAAAUCAGUGGAGGAACUUGGAGUACAGCUUGAAGAAGCCAAAGAUGAUAUACGAACCCUUAAAAGGAAACACACCAACAACAUUAAAGAUUUGACAAGGCAGUUAACUUUCACAAGGCGGAAACUUGAAAACUAUGAAAACACAGGAGAGAAAGAUAGCACAAGUCUUGGUUCUCGUACAAGCUCUAAUGGCUCUCUAAAUACACUCGAUAACAAUGUCCAGUCAACUGUGAUACAUAGAAAUGGCAACCCAGACCAGGAAUACCCUGUCAUUACUGAGCAAGUUGAAGUUGACAAACAGGUUCUUAUUGAAAGGAUUGUCAAACUUCAGAAGGCUCAUGCUAGAAAGAAUGACAAGAUAGAAUUCAUGGAGGAUCACAUCAAUCAUUUAGUGGAUGAAAUUCAGAAGAAGAAACGAAUUAUUCAGAGUUAUGCCUUGCGUGAAGAAACAGGAGUUCUGUCAACAGACUACAUGGAUAUAAAUAAGGCUGUUGUUUCCUCUCAGAGUGACAUCAAGCCCUCUCAGAAUCGAUUUUAUGACCAAGUAUCACAACUGAAGGCUAUCCUCUCAAGGAAAGGUGGCAUCAUGGCUUCUUUGUAUAACUCACAGCCAGCAGACCAGUCUAUGACACUAGAUUUAUCAUUAGAAAUCAACAAAAAAUUACAGAGUGUCUUGGAAGAUACACUUUUGAAAAAUAUUACUUUGAAGGACAGCCUUGAUACACUGGGUAAGGAAAUAUCUCGUCUCUCACGAGAGAAUCGAAAACUGCAGCUUGAACAACAGAGCCAGUGACAUCUUUAAAAAAAACAAAAAACAAGGUGUUUAUCAUAUCAUCUAAAACAAACGGAAAAAAAAAAUUCAUGGAAUGAAGCUACACACACAUACA